AUGUCCUUGUUAAGCAAUAGAAAAAGACCUAGAGGCUAUAGCAGUGAGAACUUUGCCAACGCCAAAGCAAAUGGCAUGACCAAUAGUAGUUCGACAUUGUACCAAGAGCCAGAUCAUCACCAACAAUUGCUGCAAUUCCAAUACUCGCAACAGCAACACCAGCUGCACCAGCAUCAACAACAGCCACACGUUCAGAAUGGACUGCAACAGGAUGGUCAAAGAUAUUUUGGUAACCAAGAAGCUGAUCUGCUGAUCUACCAGUCAACUUACCAACCAAACAGCCUGUAUUUCCCAACCUUGCACGACGAUUCAUCGUCAACCAUUAUUGAAGAAGACCCUAACUCAGAUGUCUUGGGUCCCAUCCCAACAUACUCAACCAACUUGCAAUCAAAGAAAUCGAAAUUCAACAACCCAUUCUUAUCGGUUGAAGAACACGAGUUACUCAUUGGCGGUGAAGGUAAUAACAAUGCUAAUAAUAUCAAUAUCAACAAUGAUGAUGAUGAUGAUGAUGAUGAUGAUGUAGUUGUUGACGAAGGUGAUGGUAUUGAAGAGGCAAAUACUUUUGUAUUGGACGACGAUGACGAAGGCCGCAAUAUAUACGAUGAAGACGACGAUGUCAUUAUCAUUGAAGAAAAAGAUUUGGUGCAAAAGGGCAACAGGAAUAAUAGCGACUCGAUCUUGAUCAACCUGGAUGCAGCAGCUGCAUACAAAUUGUUUAAUGUCAAUGCAGUAGACUCUAAUGAAAACGACAGCAACACUUCCAAUAGCACAUUCUUCACCACAAAAAUGGCAAAAAAGAAACAAAGAACUAGCUCAUUACCGCAAUUGCCACAGGUCAAAUGUUUCUACAACAAAUUACCAAACAAUUAUAUUUUGCAAACACCCAAAUUGGGCAAUAUCAAGACCAAUGUGAUUCCAUUCCAGAAUAACUUGCCACCAUGCGACGAUGAAAAUGGACACUACAUCAUAAAGAUUAAUGACAAUUUUGCCAAUAGAUUUGUAAUCCUUAAACUAUUGGGCCAAGGAACAUUUGGCAAAGUUGUAGAGUGCUACGACAAAGUCAAUAGAGAGCACGUUGCCAUCAAGAUUAUUAGAAACAUUCAGAAGUACCGCGAUGCCGCCAAGAUUGAGUUGCGAAUACUUUCGACAUUAAAGAAAUUCGACAAUGCUAAUAAAAACCACUGUAUCCAUCUUCGAGAAUGUUUUGACUAUAGAGGCCACAUUUGCAUUGUAACUGAUUUGCUAAAAAUUUCACUUUAUGAUUUCUUGGAAAACAACAGGUUUAUUCCAUUCCCAGGAAGUCAUAUUCAAGCAGUCUCAAAGCAACUUAUACGAUCAGUGACUUUUCUACAUGACCUAAACUUGAUCCACACGGAUUUAAAACCAGAAAAUAUCCUACUCCAUGACGACUCGUUUGUCAAAAAGGCACUUUACAGCUCUACGACGGUGACAGCAUAUACAAAGAUUGGCGUUAGCAACGCUAAUACCGCCUCCAGCACUAAUAAUAAUAACAACAGCAACAAAAGCAACAGCCUUGCACCAAGUGCUACAAAGAAGAUACCAAAAACCUCAAAGAUCUUGAAAAACCCUUUGAUUCAAGUUAUUGAUUUCGGAAGCGCCAUUUUUAACGAUGAGUACCACUCACUGAUUGUCUCAACGCGACAUUACCGUGCACCUGAGAUUGUAUUGGGUACUGGUUGGUCUUACCCAUGCGACAUGUGGUCUAUUGGGUGUAUCUUGGUUGAACUAGUUAUUGGUGACCCAUUAUUCAAGACACAUGAUAACCUUGAACACCUCGCGAUGAUUGAAAAGAUUUGUGGCUACAGGAUUGAUAAGAGUAUGGUGAAAUUAUCCAAGAUGAAGGAAAAUGAAUGCGGGUUGGAGUACUUUACAAAUGAGUACUUUGUAAAUUCACCAACUACUAAACAUGGUGGGUUGUAUAAUAAGUCUUCUACUGCAUCCUCGUCAUUUACCACCUCCGACGACGACGAUGACGAUGACGAUGAUGAUGAUGAUGAUGAUAAUAAAGGUGAAGAUGAAGAUGAAGAGCAAGGUGAUUGCAAAGACAAUAAUGAGAGUGAGGAUGAGACCGGAGAACGCCCACACCACGGAGAUUAUGACAAUAACGAUUCCGAUGAAGAUGUGAUUUUUGAUAAUGAAAAAACAAUGAAAAACUCGUUAACAUUACGAUUCCCCACAAUAAGCACACCUCAAAAAUUCAUUAACCUGGUGAACGAGCUACUGCGCAUUGACUUGUUUAUAAGUUCUCGGAUUGGUCUUCAUAUUGAUUUUGACUAUCCACUAAAUGAAAAUUAUGAGAGGAAUAAACAUUUGAUCAAUUUCGGCAACUUUACGUUUUGGUGGUUCUUUAUUGAUUUAUUGAAACAGUUGUUCAUUAUCAACCCAGACAAUAGAAUCACGGCGUUGGAUGCAUUGAAUCACCCAUGGUUCAAUUUGGGUAUUCAAGAUGAAGGGACAAUUUAA